GGUUCUGGCUCAAUGACCUGKGACCUCACUGGCGACUGGCUCCUUGGGAAUCGUUUUUUUUUCCCUGUGAUCAAAUGCAGAUGAGCUGUGUGCGGAUCAUCGUCGGUAUUGUGGGUGAUUGAUGACYUCCGAUCUGGUCGCAGGGCGGCCGGGCGGCUGGGCUGCCGAUCAUCGUGCUUAGUGGUUAGUGCUUAGUGCGUAGAGCGCUGAGACGUAUGUGUGGAUGGUAGGUGUUUGUGAUUGAGACAAAAGGAGAGUUGCGUACCCCAGUUUAGGAUAUACAAACAAGUCGACGUACGUUGUCGUUGUCGUUGGUGUGUUCAAGUGGGCGACUCAUGGUUUCCUCGCGUGAAGAAAGGGGAAAGUGGAGCUUGAUCUUCGUGUGUCUGGCUCUGCAUCUCUUUCUCAGCCGACCCAGUUCAGGAGAUCAAGAGCUCGAACAGCAUAGAUUUGAGAGAGAGAGGAUGGCGGUCGAGCAGAGCAAGGUGUUGCUCCCAAAGAGUGUGAAGCCUCUCAAGUACACUCUGGUCCUGGAACCAAAUUUGCAGACCUUCAGGUUCAAGGGUGUGGUGACCAUCGACUUCGAUGUUGUGGAGACGACCAAGGCCAUCAAACUGCACGCCGAGUCUCUCGAAAUUCUCAAG